GUCCGGUGGCCCCAGCAAAAAUCUUCCCCUUGCCAAAAUUACUUCCAUGGCCAGUGACCGAGAAGAUCAAACCAUGCCCACCGGAUCUGCUUCCAUGGCCGGUUCAAAGGCCACUCCUUGCUUGAGGUCACCUCCCCCAGAUUUAACUAAAAUCUUUCAAAACCGUAACCUUCAAGAUGAUAUAAACAGGGUACUCCAAAAACAGAAACCAUGCCAUUCAAGCCAAACUUUUGUUCCUCACAGAAAAUCUCAGAUUUUGGGCCCUUAUUUUGUGUCUAACCCGCCGGCUGCCCUUGCAUCCAUUUAUCCACAACCCAAAGAACAUCUGCUCCCCUUUCAAGUAAAACCUGAUUGGAGUAAGUGGGUUGGUUCUUUUGGAGCUUGGCCGGUUUGGAGAAAAUCAGAAUGGGUAGAGUGGAUUGAUCGUCUAGAACCUGAUUUUGGCCAAAUUUGGAGAGAUGUGGGUCUGUUUGAAUUUAUACAACUCACCAGAUGCAGGUUCACCAUGGACAAGAUGGCCUUGGGUGCAGCUUUGUUAUUUUGGUCUGGCUCUUUCAAUUGUUUUCAUUUUCCCUGUGGAGCCAUGUCUGUGAGCCUUUUUGAUGUCAGCUCACUAACCGGAUUGCCCUGUACUGGAGAAGAGAUUUCAGCAUUGUUAACCGUGCCUCCAGGUGUUGAUUACAAUGUGGAGCUGAAACCCUCUUAUCCAGCCUUUGUGAGGUCUGCCUAUGACAAAAGUAAGCCUGUUAAUGUUGAUGAACAUAUUUCGUUUCUGCUUACUUUGAUUUGCAAGUAUAUGGUCUGCUCUGCUGGCAAAGGUCCCACCAAAGAGUUUAUUCCUUUAGCUGUGGCUUUAGCAUAUGGAAAACAAAUGGCUCUGGGUCCUUUCUUGCUUGCUCAUCUGUACAGGAGUUGCCAGGAUAUCACGGCUCACCCCUUAGUCAUUAGUGGUGGGCCGCUUUGGGUUUUACAGUUGUGGUUAUAUUCUUAUUUCCCAACCCUCGCUCCUGUCUCAUCCACUGUUCCAGCUCGGGAUCUACUUACUUACGGCUUCCUGUUCAAGAAUGCCGCGGAAAACAAGAGAAGCUUUGAAGAGUGCUUCAAGUUUUUUGCCUCUCUUUCUAUUGAUCGUCCCGAUGCAGACUUUGCUGUGUUCCUUGGCAGAUCUCACGGUCCUUCAUGGUACAAGGGCCGAUUUCACAUCCCCAGAUUUCAGAGCGUUUUGGUCUGUUUGUGUGACCUCUCGGGAUUUGUUUGUUGGCUGUAGUUUGAACACUCUCAACUCCAGAUGUGGCAUGGAGCUUUAUGCACCGAACCAGUUCUGUCGGCAGUUAGGGUACUGCCA